ACUCGCUGCAGACUCCUCGCUCGUCUCUCUGCAAAACCUCUCCAGAUACUUUGACUCCCACAAGGUUUUUGCCUUCAUUUACGGAUGGUGAACUUGUCUGUCGAGUUUUUAUCGAAUAGUAAUUGUUUUAGUUGUCAAAAAGGAGCUAAAGACCCGUGUUUCCUCGAAGCGAUCAUGCUGAACACAGAGGAAAGUUCCUGGUUAUCGGGACCCCGGUUGCCCGGCUCCAUCCCUCAGUCUCCAGGGCCUCUGUGGUGUUCCGAUGCCCCUCACCCACAUCUGAAGAUCCCGGGUGGGCGAGGGACGGUCAGGGAUCACUCUCUCGGAGUGCUACUACACAAGGAUGAGAAGUUAACGGUGACGCAGGCCGCUCCAGCGAGUGGGAACCCCUCUUUUCUUCGCUUCAACUACCAGCUGAAUGAGCGCCGCUCGGCCUUCUGGGACACGGCUCUAUCAGGAGACAGCCUCUUCCUGGAGAUCCCUGCUGGGCCGCUGGUGGAGGGGAGCAAAGAAGGGCUAACUGCUCUGCUGGAGUUUGCAGAAGAGAAGAUCAAAGUUAACGAUGUGUUCCUGUGGUUCCAUAAAAACAGAGAGGAUCGAUUGUCCAUCAUCAAGACGUUCCACUACAUGGGCUUUGAGAUGGUGAAGCCGGGGCACCCCUUGGUACCGGCCCGGCCCGAUCUGGCCUUCAUGGUUUACUCUCUGGACAACAGCAGCUCAGACGAGGAGUGACUGCCACACCGUCUCCUGACGCCUCCCUCUCCCUCCCCUCUCCUCACCCCCAUGAAAACAUGCCUUUUGACUGUUUUCUCCCUCCAAGUAUCGGCUCUCGCUCUGACACAAAACCCCAAAGAAUCCUUCAUCACUGACUGGGAGGUGUCAGCUUUAAUUAUUUUUAUAGACUUGUGAUUUAAGGGGAGUGUUUGGGAGUGAUUGGAUUUCCAUGUGAUGCAGACUCCACCACCUCUCUCUUCUCCCCCCCCCCCCACCACUGCAUCUUUUUUCCCCUUGAGGAUAUCUGCAGUUUGGAUGAACAGGGAGUGGCGUAGCUUGAACUAAGCCAUCACGUGGCAUCUUGGGAUUUGGGCUUUUCUCUUUUUUUCCCCCUUUGCUUAGCGGUUCCUCUCUUGGCCACAGUAUUUGUUUGUGCUGCCAUCAACCAGACAAACAACUGUUUGACAUUCAGGAGAAGGCGGUGUUUUACAUUAAAAUUCAGCAUAUCUCUCCUGUCAGCUUGGACUUUUUUUUUAAUAAGAGAAGAAACUCUGGUUUGUCCUAGUGUGAAAGCUGUGUUUGGUUGGGGGUAAAAAAAGAGGGAAUUAUGGUCAAUAAAAUGUUGUUUUUCCUCAUAUUAUAGAAUAGGGAAAGCCUGCUCUGUUACAUUUAGCAUUAAAUCACAUGUACGCACUUCUUUUCACUUCCUCCUGAGGCAUCAUUCCAGCACACGUCAAUCACUCUGGUUUAUUUUUUUUCAGGUUUAGCUCUCAUCUGCCCAAAACAUUCUAGCCACAUAUGUAGAAAUACCCAGUUAGUGUCUCCAGACGUGUCAAAGCAAAACCGCAGCCUGAAUGUUGAGCUGUCAGCUCGCAGAGGUAAAGCCCUCUCCUCUCCCUCCUCCUCCCCUUCCUCCUCCCCUUCCUCCUCCUCCCCCUCUGUGCAAUAAUGAACUCACACCGUCAGUCUGACGGUGUGAGUCAUUGACAGCGGGGGUGAGGAAGGCCUCACUGUUGUUUCACUUUGCACGUCACACAAAAAACCAUUAGUUUAUUUUCUGGGUUUUUUUUUUAUUUUUUUUUCAAAGAUCAUAAGCUGAAUAAUUGUUAGUGCAAGAUGGUCAGGUUUAAAGAGAAGCUCCACCCACUUUCACUUAGCAUUAAAAUGUACAUACAAUGUUUGAAUGUAGUGCGGCUUUAGCCCCGGUUUGUGCUAAGCAUCUGUUGUUUAAUAACCCAGAAGGGUUUUUAAACAACACUUAUUGUUGUUCUGAAGGUGUUUCUUCUAUGGAUGAAAGUUAAAAAAGCAAAAUUUCCUAUCCAGCUAGUGAAAGUAGGAAAUGUAAAAAGUCAAGAAAAAUACGUUUUUUUUCUACUAUGAAGAUAUAAAAUACAACUGAAGAUCGAUGUAAACACAAACUGGGGCUGGUGAAGCUUCAUUCAACACUGUAGAUUCAUCCCGCACCGGUUCAAAGCUCGAUUGUAACGAGGCUUUAUUGUGCCUAAAGAGGAGAGUGCAAUGUUAUUAUAUUUUUUACUCUUAAGUCUUAUUAAGGAAUGUGUCCAUAUUUAAUCCCAUACAGAUUCCGACCCCUGAAAAAAACUUGUAGAGGUACAACAAGAGCGCUUCAGGUGAUUACAUAUAUGCAAUUAGGAAUCCUGUGCAGGUUUAUUUCAUUUAACAAAAUGCCAAAGAAUCCAUUCUGUCUGUAACACACUGUAUGUUUGAAAUCAUGCUUUUAAAUUUCAGCUUAUUGCACCCUAGUUUGGUAUGUAAAGCAAUAAUAUAACCAACAUUCCCCAUGCCGGCCGUACUCGCCUCAGAAACACGAUAGCAGUCUGUUCCAUGUUGGUGUUGGUUUUUUGGGUUGGGGGCCUUUUUUUUUUUUUUUUUUUCUGCAUGUGUUCAGAUCAUACGAGUCUUCAUUGCUACUGAUUGAGCCGCUGACUACGAGCUGUUAGGAAAUGUCAAUAUAUGAAUUUUUUUUCUCAGAGGUAUAUUUUUAUGUAUGUAUAUUUCUCAAAUGUUGACUGUGAUAGUUUAGGGAUUUAUUUUUCUGUUGUUGUUGUCAGUGACAUAGCAACCAUUCAAUGACAAUCCACACUUGUAUACUUGGAAAAUAAAAUAAAAAAUUAUCUUAAUGGG